AAAACAUUCAGGGGAGUGUCCUGUACCUGCAGUCACACCGGACAUAUCUCACUUUAAAAACACUUACAUUCUUUUUAAUAUCUGGAGUAAAGAAUUGGAAGCUUGUCAUCCUGCGGAUGACGUAUCAGGAUGACAAACAUCAAGCGGUAUUUUGUCAACCACCUGCUCACCUUCUCCCUCCAGAAUGGAGAAGUGCAGAACGUGGAGGAGGCCCAGUCCCGCCUACGCUUCCUUGCUGAAAGCAACAAACUGUGGAGCCAACAGAUGCUGCUGGAUGUCGGACCAGAUGCUGUUCAUCUGAGAGACAUACAAACAAAGGAGGAGCUAGAGAAGUACUCCUUCAACUCCAUCUUUCGCUGCGAGGCCGUAAACUCAGAGGAACUCUUGCCAUCCCUCCUGCUCCUGGUGAGCCAAAGCGCCAGUGAGAAGAAACCGGAUAUUCUCUACUUCAGCUGUGAGCCAGUGAAGGCGGAGCACAUCUGUGACAACAUCACACAGGCCGUUUCCAAAUCCAACAGGACUAAACAGACCAUUCAGGAUCCAAUCAGUUAUUCCCAGAGUGGCGCAGACAUGAUUGACCCCUAUGGCAUUCCUAAUCCACCUAUUCCACAUGCUCCCAAUGCUCCACCAACCAACCCCCCACCUUAUCCUGGACCUAAAGCAAACGGAAGCCCGGACAUAUCCUUACUCCAAGCCGAGAGAGAAGUGGGCAUCCUCAAUCACUGUUUCGAUGAUAUUGAGAGCUUCAUGUCCAAGUUGCAGCAGACAGCCGAGGCCGCCACCGUGCUCAACCAGAGAAAGAAGAAGAAGAAAAGCAAAAAGAGUGCAGAAGAGGAUCUACUCACUAUAAGGGCUAGGCCUCCGCCUGAGGAGGAGUUCAUUGAUAUCUUCCAGAAAUUCAAAUAUUGCUUCAGCCUGCUGGCUCGUUUAAAAUCAGCCAUAUCCAAUCCCUCAUCGGAGGAGCUUGUUCACCAUGUGUUCAAACCUCUGGAUAUGAUGGUGAAGACGACAGGGGGACCAGCACUCGGGGCCUCUGUGUCCAGCCCCGCCCUGACCACUGCUGCUGUGUCCCUGCUGCACGACAACCUGAAUGUGGAGGAGAGGCAACUGUGGACGUCACUGGGUCCCAACUGGACGCAUGCUUGCUCCGAGCUCAGAGGGCCAAUAGCGCCAUACAACCCCGUGUUCCUAGACGGCUGGAAGCCAGAGACGUUCAGGGCGGACGGGCAGGUUUGGGAGGAUCCGGUCGAGUCACAGCACAAACAUGAAGCCCUCCGAGUCAAACAAGAGCAGCAGCAACUACAGAAACCCCAGCCUCCUAACAGCCACAUCAACGAUGAAACAGACAAUACAGGCCACCCCACAGAAUCUGAAAAAAUCUACAGCUGCAGUUAUGACUUCAUCGCCAGAAACAACACUGAGCUGUCCGUGCAACAAGGGGACACCCUUGAGGUGCUAGAGUCAUCUAAGCGCUGGUGGAAGUGUCGCAAUCGCUUCAACCAGGUCGGCUUUGUUCCUUUCAACAUCCUGGAGCCCUUGGCUCACGUAGAGAGUCCCGUCACCAACAAGCCGCCUCAGGCUCCGGCCCCGCCUCCCCUUGCCAAGACUUUCACCACUGUGCCACCCAACCCACCUGCUCUGCCACAGAACCCCACUUUCCCACGGCCGCAGAGCGUGCCCUCCUACAACCAGCACAUACCUGCAGCAGAGGACGACAAAGUCAUGAUGGUGAAUGAUGAGCUGCUCCAGAGGCUGACCAAUGGAAAGGCCAACAGCAGCAAGCCUCUGGUCAUCCCUCGAUCCAUGGACACCUCCCUUCCCCUCGACUACCACUCCGCCCCAAAGGAGGUGAUGGAGUGGCUCAGGGGGAAAGGCUUCAGUGAAUCGACGGUGUCAUGUUUGGGAGUCCUAACAGGUGCUCAGCUCUUCUCCCUGAACAAGGAGGAGCUGCGCAGCGUUAUUCCAGACGAAGGCGCAAGAGUGUACAGCCAGCUGGCUGUGCAGCGAGCACUGCUAGAGGAUGCUCGAAGGGCCACAGAGCUGGAAGCAGUCAUGGAGAAACAGAAAAUGAAGGUGGACCUUAAAUUAGAAAGCAGCACUUUGUGAGAAGAUGUAUAGGAGAUGGACUAUAUAGUAUAUACAUACCUGGAAAUAAUGUAUGUCAGUGAAGAUAAUCUUGCAGCUCUUCAUUUUUGGCAGUGUAACACAACUGUAUUUAAUACAGUAGGCACUGUGCUAACGUAUUAUAAAUGUUACUAUUAACUUUAUAGUAAUAUGGACUUAUCCACUAAUUCAACAAUGCCACAACCAAAUGAAGGCAAGAAAUGACCAAUAUGCAAUAAAGACUUUAAUGUGGUUUAAUUUACUUCCCCUCCCCAAUGAAUCCGCGCGGAACAAGAUGACACCCUCACAUUAUAUGUAAAGCAAUGCACCAUUACAAUCUGUUUGCAUUUCAUUACAAAGCAGUUCAGUCCACAGUGCGUCAAAAAAAUCUCACUUUCUGCUUCACAUGUCAACUCAAAUGAACAUCUUCUAAGAUGGUGAACAUUUGUAUUUAUUUUAAAUCAACUUACAAAACAUGAUAGAACACUUGGAAACAGUUCCAACAAAUUAUUUUUAAACUAGACAAACACUCCUCCACAUAAAUUGCCUUAGCUACUGACUGGCAACAUAAAAUCAGACUUGACUGAAAGAGAAAAUAUACUUGACAUGUUGAGACUUUAAAUCACUUAUCAGGGCUCCUAAGACUUUGAAAGGGCGUUGAUCAAACCAAGUACAGAAAAUAAAAACAAUUUAAGAUAUGUGAUCUACCAGGGGAUAGUGUCUUACACACUCGAGACCCUCAAAAUGUAAGUAGUAUUCUGUAUAAUAAAAAGAAACAAGAAAAAAAAAA